AAAACAUCAUAAAAGAUCCAAGAUGGCGGCUGAAGAGGACCAAGAAACAUCGACUUCGCAGAGAGUCACUAGCUUUAAUAUGCUUGAAACAGAACAAUUUAACGAGGCAAAUGUAAACUCCAUCUCCUCUGCAGACUUUACGUGCCCUAUCUGCUUGCAAAUCCUAAUUGAGCCGGUGGUUAUGCCGUGUGAACAUGAACUUUGUGGACCAUGCUUUAAACAAAAUGUGGAGGAAGCAAAUUUUCUCUGUCCACUUUGCCGAAUGAGAAUAUCAAGUUGGGCCAGACGAAAUUCCCGAAAUGGAACUUUGGUCGAUUUAAAGCGAUGGAAACAGAUUCAAAAACUUUUUCCCGAGAAAUGUCAGAAACGAUUGCGCGGAGAGGAUGAUGAAGAUCUGUUUGGUGAGUUGAAUGUGAAAUAUAAGCUUAAGCUUGUCUUACUUUUUGUUUCAUAAUCAGUAAAUUUACUUGGUCUUACGUUAACAACAGAGAAGAAAAUUUGCAUUUAAACGGCGAAUUUUUCUCUCUUAUUGUAUUCACACAGAGCGCCUUACUUGCAAUUUUUUCCUCUCUAUACGGCGAGGUGAUUAUUAUUGUUCUGGUAAUUAUCCCAAAACAUUAAGAAAUUACUGUAUUACAAAUAAAAGUUUAACUUGUGUAUCCUUAGCCUUUUUCAAAGGAAACUUGCACUAAAAUAACUCGCCAGUGAGAAACGUUAGGCUUUGCCCAUAGAGCAUUUCACUUCCCAUUGCUUGGCAAAAAAGGUUAAAACUACCUGUAGCUAGCUGAAUCACACUAUCCUAGGCCUAAUUCCUCUUUGUUUGUUUGUUUGUUUUCUUUUUUCAGUUUCCGAAAGUUUUCGGUUGAGUGUUGGGAAAGAAAGCACUUUAUGAACUUAGCUUAAAGGAAAACAAAACAAAUCUGCCGGUAACUUUUGAUUAGCAGACCCAAUGCUCAUGAUGUGUUAAGUAACAGGCUGGUUAUAGGUUAAACAGCUAAUUGAAACAUGAGUUUUCUUGAAACCACAGAUACUCCACCCCUCAAAAGAGCAGUAUCACAGGAUGGGGAGGUUCGCAAAGAGUAUGAAGAAGAAAUGAGAAAGGUAAACUGUACUUUAAUAAUAUAGAAUCUCAGUAAGCUCUAAUGGCUGGCCAAAAGUACUGUUUACAAUGGCCACCUUUGGCACAGAAAAAAGUGGCCACUGUAGAGAGGUGGUCAUUGUAGAGAGUCUGAAACAAAAGUGAAUGCAAAGACUUUCGGCAAAAAAAUGGCUGUUAGUGGAGGUGUGACUGUACAUUAUUGGUUUACUCUAUUCUCAAACCACCUGCCUGUAUCUCAAAUUUUAUGAAUAUCCGUGAGUAAUAAUAGUAAAGUUAUUUUAAAGAGGAAGCUGCAGUCACCAAAAGGUGCUUUACAAAGAGAACCUCAAAAUCAGAUAGGGCAAGAAAAGGAAAAUUUAGUCAAGCUGAGUUUAACUAAAUUAAUGAGUGUAAUGUUUUCUCAUGUCAGUUACAACAAGCAAGGGAACAAGAGAUGCAGGCAAGUGAAGAAGUUGUACGUAAACUACUAGAGGAGGAACAAAAACUUGCAAGGUCAAUAGAGCACCAGGCACUACAAGAUGAAGAACUUGCCAGACAGAUAUUGUUAGAAGAGAAAGAACAGGUAAAUAAAAUUGAUUGCCAUAGUAUAAGGGAACAGUAGAGUUACUGGCACUGUCAUAGGGGGCGUUCAGCCACCCUAAGUUUAAAUCAGAACGAGCUAUAAUUAUGGUGAAAGUAUACAAAAAAUGACAGAAGGGUUACUCUUUAUAUGCUGCUCUUUAACUGUUAAUAAUUGUAUACCCAUUUUUUGUUGGCAGAGGUUUAGUUUUACGUUUGUCAGUUAGAGUGUAUAUGACAUAGGAACAAGAAGGCUGCCUUAUAAUCUCAUAGUUACCAUUCCGUUCGUCAAAAUACAAGGAACAGAAUAAGUAAAUAAGAAUUUGUAUACUUUGCAAAGCAUACCGUGGCUAUAUUUAUAUUUAUCUGACAUUUUAACAUUUUUAACGUGGCUGUAGCUUAUAUUAGUGAAGUUUUUAGUUCUUUACUUCUAUUAUGUAUUUAUUUAUCUAAGAUCAUUAAUUUUAUCUUUCUAUUAUUUUACAAGGCCUCACUGAAUAUCACUCUUUGUGAAGUGAGCUCCCUGUAUAAAGAUUGUUAUUAUUAUUAUUAUUAUCAUCAAUAUUUCCUACGUUUUUUAGAAUUCACAAGGAAAACAGAUACUUUCACAGCCAAGCUCAUCAAAAACUUUGUCAACUGGUGCAAAUUCAAAACAAGGGAAAGGAAAGAAGAUUAAAUCACAGAGAACACAAGACCAUCAUGGCUGCAACACACUGGAUAGAUGGUUUUCUCCUACCAAGCAACCAGACAAUCAAGGUAAUGCACAUUCUUGUUUUACAAUAUGAUGUUUGCAUUGAACUUAAGCUGAAUUAGAGAAGUUAUGGCCUAUGUUCUUGCUCUUAACCUACAAAACAAAUCAGUCUUAAAAAUCAGACCUACCACUGACUUAAGAUUGUCAUAGAUUAUGAAAGUGUGCAUUUUUAAAUUUCUUAUAUUUGAAACACAGGAGAAAGAUUUAGCAAUUUGAAAGACCAUUAUAGCUAUGUACUCAACCAUACUUAUAGCAACUGCAAUAAACAAGUUUACUUUUUGAAUCAAUCUGCAAAGAUGUGAUAAAAUGUUUUUUUACAUAUUACUAUUACUAUUUUGUUUCCUGCAGUUCAACUAAAACUUUUAGUGCUAAGUCAUUUAAAAAUAAUAAUCAGUUAGACUAGUCUUGUGGUUUGUGGUUACUUAUAAUAGUUACUCCCAUUUUCUAUAGGUUUAGAAAAGAGCAGAUGUGACCUUGUAAAGAAUAAGAAUCAUUGGAGAGCAACAGACUCAGAUGCAUCUGGACUUAAUUAUUUAUCACACGACAUCUCUGAUCUUAUUAAUGAAAGAAAGGAGCAAGAAGACAGAGACUUUCAAUUUGCAUUGAAAUUACAAAACGAGUUUGAUUUAACAAAUCAGAAAAAUGCACAGGUAGAGAGGAAGAAAGGAACUGUUGAUGGUUACAUGUUGCGAAGUGAAGCUUGUUCUAAUAAUGCAAAUUAA